UUAUUGUUGUGCCCAAUGUUUAAAAUUUUAAGUCAGGUUGGAGCCCAGCCACAUCCAACGCAGAUCGGCUACUCGUGGUUCAAAUUAAGCCUUUGCUUGCCUCUCAGUGUGCGACACGUGGAACAAGGUUCGUCACCACGUAAACGGACGGAUGUGGUUGGAGACAAACCUCUACCUCCUUUCUUCCUCCUCAAGCCGCCUCCGCCCACUCAGUCACUCUUCCUCCAGAUGCCUCUUCUACUUCCUUCCUCCCUCUUCCCUGCCGGGCUCAAACCCUACGUCCUUGCCAAAUCCCUUCCCCGCGGCCGCCCUUGGCGUUCGCUCCUCCGCCUGCCUCCGUGGAGUCUGGCGACGGCCCCCUCGCCGGCGGUCGCCGUGUCCGACGACGUCGACGCCUUCACCAAGUACUCCGGAUAUCUAUUCGAGGGAGGAGCUUCCUCUGAGGCCGAGUUUUUACGAUUUUAUGAUUUCCCCUCAAUCGCCGCAAUUUACCGCCGAAGGCCCUUUUUGGUGCUCCGGCGCUUUAUCCAGAUCACUGUUGCCUUCGGCCGGUGGUUCGCUGAGAGAUACAUUGAUAGCGUGUCGGACCGCUCCGAUGAGAUGUUUGAAACUAGAGCUGCGGAGCUACGUGCAAUACUGCAGGAGCUUGGACCUGCAUUCGUUAAAAUUGCUCAAGCUGUGUCAUCAAGACCAGAUGUGAUUCCACCUGCAUACUUAGAUGAGCUUUCAUUGUUGCAAGAUCGGAUUGCUUCCUUCUCAACUGAGAUUGCCUUUAGUAUGAUAGAGGAAGAGCUUGGACAACCAAUAGAAAUGCUUUUCUCAGAGAUUUCACCUGAGCCUAUUGCUGCAGCAUCCCUCGGGCAGGUAUAUCAGGCCAGACUUCAUUCUUCUAGGAAACUUGUUGCUGUGAAAGUGCAAAGACCUGGAGUUCAAGCAGCAAUUGCAUUAGAUAUCUUUAUCCUGCGUUAUAUUGCAGGGGUUGUUCGGAGAGCUGCCAAACUGAAUACUGACCUUCAGGCAGUGCUUGAUGAAUGGGCAUCAAGCUUAUUUCGGGAGAUGGAUUACCGUGCUGAAGCAAUGAAUGGACUGAAGUUCAGGAAACUCUUUGGAGGACUACGGGAUGUCGUUGUACCAGAAAUGUAUUUAGAACAAACUAGCCGCAGAGUCCUUGUCAUGGAAUGGGUGGAGGGGAGGAAGUUAUCUGACAUCAAAGAUCUCUAUCUUGUGGAGGUAGGAGUGUAUUGUUCGCUCUCCCAACUUUUAGAACAUGGAUUUUAUCAUGCAGAUCCACAUCCUGGAAAUCUCCUGCGAACAUCUGAUGGAAAACUAGCCUAUUUAGAUUUUGGGAUGAUGGGUGAAUUUAAGCAAGAACUUCAAGAUGGAUUCAUUCAAGCAUGCCUUCACCUGGUUAAUCGUGAUUUUGAUGCUUUAUCAAAUGAUUUUGUUAUUCUUGGUCUCCUUCCUCCAACUGCACAAAAGGAUGAAGUUGCAAAGGCAUUGACAGGUGUUUUUCAGAAUGCUGUGAACAAAGGAGUUAGAAAUAUAAGUUUUGGUGAUUUGUCUGGAAAUCUUGGACAGACCAUGUACAAAUUUAAGUUUCAGAUACCAUCUUAUUUUUCUCUUGUUAUUAGAAGUCUUGCUGUCUUGGAGGGCAUUGCGAUCAGUUUUGAUCCAAACUAUAAAGUUUUGAGUAGUUCAUAUCCUUGGAUUGCAAGAAAGGUUCUGACUGAUAGCUCACCUCAGCUUCAAUCUACAUUGCAAACUCUUCUGUAUAAGGAAGGAAUUUUCAGGAUUGAUCGUCUAGAAUCAUUACUCACUGAGUCACUUCGGGCAAAGACAGAAGAAUCACUGGUUAGGAAAGAACCGGAGGGAAAUGGUUCAAGGAGAGUAAUAAGUCAAGUUCUUUCAUUUACAUUGACUGAAAAGGGUGCAUUUUUAAGGGAAAUACUUAUUCAAGAAUUUGCUAAGGGAUUAGAUGCUCUCGGUGUAGCAACACUCGACUCCGUGUCAUCAGCUGCUUUUGCAAGGCUGCCACUUUCCGUUCCAUAUUCAUCGUCCUUAAUGGCUGAUGAAGAUAUUGCUAAUUUGAGGACUCUCAGUCGCCUUCUCUUACUCCUAUCCAGACUUCAGAAAAAUGAGAACCCAAAUUCUGAAGUAAAAUAUGCAAAUAGAGAAGAGAACAAGAAUGCUGACUUGGAGGAGGUAUCUCUCGUUCUGUAUCAAAUGACAUCUGUGCAGGAUAUUUUACCGCUUCUUUCUGUCAUACCUGAGCUUCCUGAGGAAUCCCAACAACAACUAGUUCGUCUGCCCUCCGAUCUGGCCGGGAGGUUACUGUCUAGAGUAGUCGCAAGGUCUAUCAGGAGGAUUUUCUCAUGAGGAACAGAUACGAUGGAUACUAUUUUUGCUGAGGUCAAAUGCCAUGUGUAUAUACAUUGCCAAUUAUAUGUCAAAAUCAAUUACAUCAAACAUGAAGUGUUCAUGCAAUAUUAAACAAUAAAUUUUAUGCUUAUGCACAUGCAAUGACAAUUAUAUUUAUAUGUUUUCAA